AUGGACUUUGUCGUAGACUACCAGACCUAUGCAAUGGCUGAUUCUGCCACUGCAGAACUACCAGAACCAGAGCCAAGACUGAACUUGACCUCUGAAUCACAGCUGGAAUCUAUGAAAAAAGUGGAUCUAGACUUUAAAUUGCCCAACCUAAAAAAAAAUUCAAACAACAGUUCAGACACACCAAUAAAUAAUGAUAGUGCGAGUUCAAAAGACUUAUACAAAAGAAUGACACAUUAUGCAAUGUCUUCUAUUGAUAAAAUACAGGCCUCCAAUCCAAACAAAGCAUUACAACAAAGCACUCUAAAUAACAAGUUACCGCGGCAAGAGUCUCAUAAUUUUACAAAUUACGAGUCGAAAAACCUUGAUUUGUCCAAGUUAGUAUCUUCGUCAAACGACCCUACUAUAAAUACAACAAACCUUGUUCUUUCGAACAAACUUUCCAAGAUCCUAAACAACUAUACGUUAGUCAAUUAUCAAGCCACAAUUCAACUGAGAAAGUCAUUGAAAAUUUUGGAAGAUAAUAAAGAAAGACUGUUACUUGAUGAACAGAAGCUUAUGAAUCCUGAAUACCUAGGGACUUUGGCUAGAAGGACUUUGAGAACUGAUUUGGAGUCCCAAUUACUAAAGGAACACAUCACCGUGCUUGAAGAAUUCAAACCUAUUAUCAGGAGGAUUAAACGAUUGUCUUCUUCGGUGGAAAAUAUACAAGAAACAAGCGCGCAUUUAAUAAGUCACGAGAACGGUAAAAUACCUACUGAUAAUGUGACACUUCAUGAAAUAGAUCAAUAUCGUUUAAAGGCUGAGGAAUUGAAGUUGAAAAAGAAAAUCCUGUUAUCCGUUAGAGACAAAUAUACUUUAAGUCAGGUGGAAGACGAUUUAAUUACCAAUGGUACUAUAGACGAGACAUUUUUCAGUGUAAUAAACAAAGUGAUCAAUAUCAAAGAUGGGUCAAGUUUUUUAUUAACACUCCCCAAUUUGAACGCUGGGAAUGCCUUGAUUGUGGGGGUUAAUGAAAUACUACAAAAGACAAACAAGAAAAUUUUCAAUUAUUUGAUUGACUUUCUAUAUAGUUUUGAAUCCACCUCAAACUUGUUGAAUGACCAUGGCACCAGUGAACAAAAAAACCAGGUCAUUUUCCAAAAGAGCCUGAUUUUUCUGUCAAAUGAUUUAGAACUCUUCAAUGAAUUUUUGAAAAGAGUGACCACAUUAAGAUCAAAGAAUAUUUUAGAUGAAUUUUUGUCCCAAUUUGAUAUGAAUCCAGCCAACUCUAAACCAAUCAUGCUAUCAGCACAUGACCCAAUUAGAUAUAUUGGUGAUGUGCUUGCUUCGGUUCAUUCUAUCAUUGCGAAUGAAGCUGAUUUUGUCAAAUCAUUAUUUAACUUCCAGGAUGAAAACUUGAAAGAUACGCCAAUUUCCAUAAUUCGACAGAAUGGGACAUUUUUGAACGGUAUUGACAACAAACUACUAAACGAUAUCAUCCAGUCUCUAUCCAAUUCAUGUCGUAUUCGCAUUGAACAAAUUGUAAGAUUUGAAGAAAAUCCAAUCAUUAAUUUCGAGAUCGUCAGGUUAUUGAAACUUUAUAGAGUCAUGUUUGAGAGGAAGGGCAUCCAUGAUGAUAGUUCUAUUAUCAAUAAUUUGAAAUCGUUGGAAAAUAUCUCCAAAAACAGAAUUAUUGGAUACUAUGAGGAUUACAUCAAACAUGUAACCUCUGUGGAAACAGCACACUCUUCGGAUGAUCUAUUACCACCAGAAUGGUUAUCAGAGUAUAUGAAUAAAUUGGUUGAGUUAUUUGAAAUAUACGAAAAAACACAUGCAGCUGAGGAUGACGAAUCGGAAGAUGAUAAACUACUAGCAUAUAAGAGUUUACAAACAAUUGUAGAACAACCAAUUAAGGAGGUAUUAUUAAAACAUUUACAAAAAACUUUCCCCUUGGCAAGGAAAAAUGAGAACAUUAGAGCAUCAUUGUUGACCGUCGAAAUCAAUUGCUUUGACUUGAUUAAAUCUAGAAUUCAACCUUUUACCAAAGGAGUCUUUGAACAGGAUGAGAAUACGGAAGAAAUUUUCAACUGGAUUUCUCAUAAACUGGACGAGUUCACUAAACAAAUGCAAACUUUACAAAUAAAAUUCUUAUUCGAAAACACGGGCCUAGAUCUUUAUAACAAUUUGGUAAAUAUGAUUUUCCCCGUGGACUCAGUAAAGGACGAAUUGGAUUAUGAUAUGUACCUGUCUUUGAGGGAUAAUUCGUUGAUGGGAUUAGAGACAAUCAAAAAAAAUGUACAUGAUCAAUUGAAUGAGUAUUUGCCUCAAGCAUUGACCGAUGUUCAAAGUAAUUUGCUAUCCAAAUUAACCUCACCGACAAUAGCCGAUCACAUUUGCGAUGAAUGCUUCAAGAAACUAUCGCUCUUCUAUAAUGUUUUCAGGAAAGUAUUGGUCCACUUGUACCCGAAUGAAGAAGACCAAAUUUUUGAGAUUUUAAACUUUUCUAAUGAUGAAUUUGACACGUUAGUGGGUAUCAAUUACUAA